AUGGCAGAGCUUGCUCCUGCUCCAACUUCGUCUGCUCCCAUGGAGGGUAUUAUCUCGGCAGAUAGGCCAGAGACAGUCUCUCAAUCAACUCCCGCUGUCGAAGAAUAUUCAUGCGAAACCCUCUAUAUACAGAACUUGAACGAGAAGAUCAAACCUGAAGUUAUGAAAGCUUCUCUACGUGGCUUAUUCAAGGUCUAUGGAGAGGUUUUGGAUGUUGUAGCACACAAGAAUCUAAGAAUGCGUGGUCAAGCAUUCGUAUCCUUCGCGUCUCCCGAGAUCGCUAAGAACGCGAUGAAAGACGUACAACGUUUCCCCUUGUAUUCAAAACCGAUGCAAAUAUCGUUCGCCCGAACACGGUCCGACGCGGUGGUCAAGAAGUUGGAUACAGAGCAUUUCGACGAGCAUAAAGCGCGGAGGGAGGAACAUAAAAAGAAGACACGGUAUACGAAUCCCCUUAAGUCCAAGUUUAGAGCCAAACGACUAGCUGCAGAAGUGGACGGAGGUGCUGCAGCUCCUGCUCCCAAACGGCCGAACGUCCAAAUGCCAGACGAAUACUUACCACCAAACAAAAUUCUUUUCCUUCAAAAUCUACCAGAAUCGGUCACCAAAGACCAGCUAAUGGCCCUUUUUUCUCAAUAUCCAAAUCUCCACGAAGUUCGUCUUAUUCCAACAAAAAGAGACAUCGCUUUCGUGGAAUUUUUGGACGAGGGAAGUGCAGGAGUAGCCAAAGAUGCCCUGCACAAUUACAAGUUGGAUGGAGAGAACAAGAUCAAGAUUACCUUUGCGAGGAAGUAG